GUCAGUCUGAUUACGCAACUUCUUUUGGCUUCACAGAACAAUUUGAACAACUACUUGAUUAAGUUUAUGUAUACUUUUUGUUUCUUUAUGGAACACUAAUCCUGCUUGUAUCGUCUGUACUGCCGUUGUUAAAUGAGAGCCUUAAUUCAAUUGUAAUCCCGUUGAACGGCGUGUCCUGAUUUCCGAUUGACACGUAAACAAGAGGUGUCUAUGAAAACACUGUCGAAGAGUCGAAAGAGAGCAACACCAAAGCGCUGAAAGGGAGCCAUCAAGUGUUGACUUCUGAGGGAUGUUCGCAAUAAUGUCCUUCCAGAGAGUUCGGCGUUUUAGGGUUUUGAAGUUCCUUUGGUUGGACGAUUCUGGUUGGAAAGUUCCUCUAUUGACGCCGCUCUGCACCAAAGCAAAUAAUGUCAAGAAGCCUGUCAGAUAUACAAGUAUAACACAGCUUGAUCCAGUAAAGAGACUCUUUCUCGACAAGAUACGGGUAUACUCCACAAAGAGGCAAGCCUCUGGUGGCCUUGUAGAUGCUGGACCAGAAUAUGAGAACGUUUUCAAUGAAGAACUAACCAAACUCCAGAGACUCUAUGGGGGUGGAGACUUAAGCAAGUUCCCAGAAUUUAAGUUCUCUGAGCCUGUACUGGAUGAAAGCAACUCCAAAUGAAAAGCACAGCAUGGCAUUGCCAUAGAAAUAUAUCACUCACUGGUGAUGUAUUUUAAAAGGCACUAGUAUGUGAAUGAAUGACAUCAUAAAUAGGCUGCUAUUUAUGAUGUCAGCAACUAUUUGCUGUUACAGAACUGUACAGGUUAAAACGAAAAACAAGAGAAACGCAAAAUAAAUAAAGUUGUUUGAUCCGU